GUCUAAAUAAAAACCUAUUCACUAUUAGUCUGGUUUCUCACGUCAAUAGAACGAGGGUUACCAACGGUCUUAAAAGUUGUAUCAUAUUAUAGACCAACCUACUUCGGAACCAAGUUAUCUGUGAACCAGUAUUGUAACCUAUUGGCCAUGCCUAUAAAAAAUGGCGCAUGCUUGCCUUAUCAGAAUAAUCAGGACUUCUAUCAGGCUUCACAGCUUUCGGAAAUAGAUGUGCGACAACCGAAAUAUGUACCCCAUAACUUUUUGAAAACACAUGAAAAAAUUUGGCCUUUAAUGUUCACUGCUUUUGACGAUCUUGUAAAAUGGUCCACAAAUGUUGGUGGCGAAAAAUGUCCUAUCAGACGCCAUAAUCAUACCUUUCAAGGUGUCCACCAAGACACGAAUGUAAGACUUUUUCUUCACUUCGUUUGCUACUUAUCACUUUCCAAUCAUGCCUCGUAAAUAUUUGAAAAAUCCCGCUUCGAGGCAUCCAGUAGAAAGAAGAAAGGGACACGAUAUAACGAUACUAACGACAUAAUUUCCAGCAGUUUUGACGAGUUCAAAAACAAGCGAGUGUAUGCCAGUUCUUUUCAUUCCAGUCGUCUUUAAGUCUUUCUUAGUGAAUAAUAGUUACAAUGGUCACUGCAACCAUAUGGAUGACGCAAGAAGGUGAAAGUUGACAUGAACAUUCCUAUUCCUCUCAAGUAUUUUAUCAACCACAUCUCAGAAAUUCCAAAUCAGAAGGAUGACGCGAAAUUUUCCUGUAUUGUGUUGCAUCAGAGUGGUUUGAAAGAAUAUAAAGAUCCUGCAAUGUGAUCGUGUUUAGUAUGCCGGACACACAUUCUCUCGAUUUACUAAGUCUAAGCUGCUUAGGACAAGAGACAUGACACGUACCAUGCGUGUUUACUGUGCUACAAAAGUCACCCUGAUGCGGGCUCAUCAGUAUUGUUAACGU